UCCAAUUUUGGUUCUCUUUUCCAUCAUCAGCUUCCCAUCUAUUCAUUUCUAGCACAAAGCAUGUACACCUAUAUACAUGCAUCAUCAUCACAUGUAUAUGAAUCAAUGACAUUGACAUUCAGUUCCUAUUUAGUCUUUUUGUUUCUCAGUUUCUCAAAUUUUCUGUGUGUUUCUUGAUUUCCAUUUCAGAUGAUUCUUAUCUAUAUUGCCAGAAAACCACUUCCAGAUUCUCAAACUUCUACUUUUUUUUUUUUACCUUCUAUAUGUUGAUCUCAAUCUCCACCAGGACCCAUUUUUGUUUCCAUGUCUCUUCUCCAAGAAAACUUCUCAUAGGCAGUGAUAAGACUCAAACUCAGAUACCACGCUUCGUAAUAUAUCACCUCAUUUAGUAGGCUAACCCUUUGAUCUUGAUCGAUCGUUCAUUUUAAUCUUGGGUUUUUUUUGUGUAUGUAUGUAUGUAUAGUGUUUAAUUUUUAAAACCCAUCAAGAAAAACUCAUUACCCAUUUCAGGAAAGAUUUACAUAGAACUGCAUUCUUGUUAUUAGGACUGAAGAUCCAUAAGGCUUCUUCAUAUCUAGGACUGGAGACUUGUUGUUAGGACUGAAGAUCCAUUAGGCUUCUUCGUAUCUACCCAACAACCAAACCACAUUCUAAUAGGCAAACCUCAUAGAUCUCCUUCUCAUUUGAUCAAUCUCCAUCAUGAAUCCUCCUGGAUUGAGUUCAUCGUACCCCGGUGAGCCGUCCACAGUUGUUCCUCGACCAAUGGAGGGACUUCAUGGCACAGGCCCUCCACCUUUCCUCUCCAAAACUUAUGACUUAGUUGAAGAUCCAAACACCAAUCAUGUAAUUUCUUGGAGCAAAGGCAACAACAGUUUUGUUGUUUGGGACCAUCGGGCUUUUUCCAUGAAUCUUCUUCCUAGGUACUUCAAGCAUUGCAAUUUCUCAAGCUUUGUUAGGCAACUCAACACUUACGGCUUUAAAAAGGUUGAUCCAGACAGAUGGGAAUUUGCUAAUGAAGGGUUCUUGAGAGGACAAAAGCAUCUUCUGAGGAACAUUAGGAGGAGAAAAACAUCUUCUCAUUCUCAGACUUCAAGGGGACAAGGCCUAGAGCCUUGUGUCGAAGUGGGUACGUUUGGAUUGGAUAUAGAGGUUGAUCGGUUGAGGCGUGACAAGCAGGUUUUAAUGGCGGAGUUGGUGAAACUCAGACAGCAACAGCAGAAUACUAGAGCUUACCUUGAAGCAAUGGAGGAAAGACUAAUUGGGACAGAGACGAAACAGCAACAAAUGAUCGGUUUCUUGGCAAAGGCAAUGCAGAAUCCAAGUUUUAUGCAACAAUUGAUGCAAAAGGAGAGACGAAAAGAGCUUGAGGAAGCGAUUUGUAGGAAGAGAAGGAGGUCAAUUGAUCAAGGUCCUGUCAAUGUUGAUGUUGGAGUUUGUGAAAAAGGCCUUGAUAUUAAGCAAGAAAAUCAAGACUACGACAUAUCUGGGUUCAGUGAUUUGGAACUAGAGCAACUUGCGGGGGACAUACAGGGAUUAAGUGGAUCAUCACAGAACGUAGAGGAAGAACAUGUGGGGAAUGAAGAAAUGCAGGAGAGAGGAGACAAAGGAGUUGAUGAAGGGUUUUGGGAGGACUUGUUGAAUGAAGGGAUUGAAGAAGAAGAUGAAGAGAAUGUAGAUGUGUUGGCAGAGCAGCUUGGUUUCUUGGGUUCUAGCCCAAACUAGUAAAAUUAUCAGGUGAGUCGGGAAUUCUAACACAGCAAUGCUAGGUAUCAUGAAAAAUGUUUCAUGAAAAUAAUCAUGAAAGUUUUGUGACCCUUGGAUUACACUUAAAAUAAAACACCACACACUAAUCAAAGUAAUCCAAGGAUCAUAAAUCUUUCAUGAUCAUUUUCAUGAAAAAAAUUUCAUAAUCCUGACUUUUCUCAUUCCCACAUGAUCAUCCCCCUUGCUAAUGGCAUGCCCUAAAAAAUGGUCAAAUAUUGGUCACAUGAUGUUCCCGGAAUAUUAUAUAACUUCUCUCAAAAUGGAGUCUGGCUUGUCUACUUCUGUACCUAUGUCUGCUUCAACAAUCUAUAAAUUCAUAUGGUUUUUACAGCAUUCAGAAGUGGGA